CAGACACCGAUGGGGGUCCCGAUGUUGAAGCUGGUGCUGUGGUUUGUCACCUUCUUGGCCUUGGCCUCGUGCUGCACUGCUGCUUACCGCCCCAGUGAGACCCUGUGUGGCGGGGAGCUGGUAGACACCCUCCAGUUUGUCUGUGGGGACCGCGGCUUCUACUUCAGCAGGCCUGCGACUCGCUACAGCCAUCGCCGUCCCCGGGGCAUCGUGGAAGAAUGCUGCUUCCAAAGGUGCAACCUGGCGCUGCUGGAGACCUACUGCGCCACCCCCGCCAAGUCCGAGAGAGACGUGUCGGCCUCUCUGACCAGACACCCGGACACACCCAGAAACCCCGUGGGCAAGUUCUUCCAAUAUGGCGCCUGGAAGCAGUCUGCCCAGAGACUGCGUAGGGGGUUACCUGAUUUCCUGUACGGCCUGGGCCAGCUGAUCAACACGGAGCUCUUCCAAGCCAUCCAGAAGAAGUUCCCCAACCAGGCCCAGUGA